AUGUAAACUCUUCAUUAAACUAGUUAUGAGAAUGAAAUCUAACAAAUGUGUAAUCAGUAUUAUUACUUAACAAAAGAGCAGCACAACUAUUUUGAAUAAAUUGUAGAAUGUCUAGAAUACCUGAUGGGAAAUUAUUAUAAAACUGAUAAUAAGGUAUAAUUAACUAAAGAUGGAACACUUAAGUAUAUAAAAGAUGGAGAGAUUAUAAGAAUGUAAAUACUUUCAUAAACAAAUCUUAAGUGAUAGAAUAUUUGAUUAAACGAAAGAACUUUCAAUACUAACUAAUCUUGAAUAGAUUAAGCAUUUAGUUUGGGAUGGAGAAUUCAAUUAGAAAUAUUAAAGAAUUGGAAAAUGGAGAGUAUUUUGGAAAGAUUAAGUAUUUAAUGCAGGGGGAAGUUAUGAUGAAAAUGGAAGGAAAGAAGGCAGAUGGAUUGAAUUAUUUGAAAACUUUUGGGAGUAUUAAUUUUAUUGAUAAAGAAAUGGUUAAGUUACAUUUUCUGGUGAAUAUAAGAACAACAAGAGAAAUGGAAGAUGGAACUUUUCCUUUUAGGAUAAAACUAUGUAAUUUUACCAUUAUUUAUUUCACAUUUAAGUGGUGGAGGAAUUUAUGAUGAAAAUGGAGAAAAGACAGGAUUGUGGAUUGAAUUGGAUAAUGGUUUCAGUUGGUAUGUUAUUUGAAUUUAUGUUAUUUAUAGCUUAAGCUAGAUUACUUAUCAUGGAAUAUAUGACAAUGGAAUUAAAUAAGGACAAUGGAUUACCAAAUUUAAAGGUCAAGAAAUGUAAUUCAAAAGUAAUUUUUUAGUGGAGGUGGAAUUUAUGACGAGAAAGAAAAAAAAAUAGGAAAAUGGAUAGAUAUAAGCAAGAAUUUUUAAUAGUAAAAUGUGAUAUUCAUUUUUAGAGAAUCUUAAAUUAUUUAUAGUGGAGAAUAUUAUGAAGGCCAAAGAUGUAAACAAUGGGACAUCAUGUUUAGAGAAGAAUAGUAGGUAGUAUUUCAAAAAAUGUAAAUUAAUAAUUGAAUCUCAAGUGGAGGAGGAAUGUAUAUAAAUGGAGUAUAAGACGGAAUGUGGAAAGAAGUAAAUGAAAGUUUCUAAAAGUACUUUUCACUAAUCAACUCAUAGUGAUUGCAAAAUCUUUUUUGUUGGAUAAUUCGAAUAUGGCAAAAAGAUUGGAAGAUGGAAUGUUAUUUUCUUAAAUACUAUAAUGUAAUAUUCAUAUAUGAUAAAAACUUUAGAGGAGGGGGAGAUUACGAUAAUCAAGGGAUGAAAACAGGAAGAUGGAUUGAUCUGAAUAAUAAUUUUUUUAGGUAUUAAUAUACUAUAUUGCGUAAUAGUUAUAGCUAAUUGAUAUUUACUGGUCAAUAUAUUAGCGGAAAGAGAAUAGAAAAGUGGGAAAUAUUAUGUAGAUUUGAUCCUUAAAAGGAGUUUGAAUCUAUGUAGUUUAAAUCUAUAAUUUAAUAGAGGAAGUGGUUAAUAUGACUAAAAAGGAAUUAAAUAUGAUGUUUGGAUUGAACCUAUUGAGCAUAUUUGGAAGUAGAUAAAGUAUUUAUUGUAAUUAGCUUGGCUUAAAUAAUUUAUUAAGGAUAAUAUUAAAAUAAUGGAUAAAAAUUUGGAAGAUGGGACAUUUUAUAUAAUGAAGAAAAUUCUGAAAAAUUUUAAUUGAUGUUUUUAGUUUUUAUAAUUUAAAAUUAUAGUGGAGGGGGCUGUUAUGAUGAAAAUGGUUUGAAAAGCGGAGAAUGGGCUGAAGUUGAUUCGAAAUUUUCAUAGUAAAAGAAUUCAAAUCAUUUUAUUAUUAGCUCUUGCUAGGUAAUUUAAAAAGGGUAAUAUUUAAAAGGGAGAAAAGUUGAAAGAUGGAAUUAUCAUUUCUGGGAAAAAAUUAUGUUCUUUAUUUUUAUUAUAAUAUAGAGGAGGAGGAUUAUAUAAUGAAGAUGGAUAAAAGAAUGGAUAAUGGAUUGAUUUGGAUGAGAAUUUCUCAUAGUAAAAGCUAUAUUAAUUAAUUAUUAUAGCAUCAGGCAAUUAGUUUGGGUUGGGGUUUAUAAUAAUGGAUUUAGGAUUGGCUAAUUUAAGGAGUGUAAUUUAUAAUGAG